UGAGGCUUCUAGCUGGCACCUGUGCUGCGAACCCCCAGGAAGUGGGAGGCGCGGGCGCGCACUACAAGUCCCAGAAGCCCCCGCUUCCUGGAGACCGCGAGGAGCGGCGCAACGCCCGCUGGGAGUCGGUCGGAGCCGCCAAGAUGUCGCAGCCCAAGAAAAGAAAGCUUGAGUCGGGGGGCGGCGGCGAAGGAGGGGAGGGAGCUGAGGAGGAAGAUGGCGGAGAGCAGGAGGCGGCCCUGCCGCGACCCCGGAGGGCUAGGCGGGAGCGGGACCAGCUGUACUACGAGUGCUACUCGGACAUAUCCGUCCACGAGGAGAUGAUUGCGGACCGCGUCCGCACGGAUGCCUAUCGCCUGGGCAUCCUGCGGAACUGGUCAGCACUGCGGGGCAAGACUGUGCUGGACGUGGGCGCGGGCACCGGCAUUCUUAGCAUCUUCUGUGUGCAGGCCGGGGCCCGGCGCGUGUACGCGGUGGAGGCCAGCGCCAUCUGGCAACAGGCCCGGGAGGUGGUGCGGCUCAACGGCCUGGAGGACCGGGUGCACGUCUUGCCGGGGCCAGUGGAGACGGUGGAGUUGCCGGAGCAGGUGGAUGCCAUCGUGAGCGAGUGGAUGGGCUACGGACUCUUGCACGAGUCCAUGCUGAGCUCUGUGCUCUACGCGCGGACCAAGUGGCUGAAGGAGGGCGGUCUUCUCUUGCCGGCUUCCGCCGAGCUCUUCGUGGCGCCCAUCAGCGACCAGAUGCUGGAGUUGCGCCUAGGCUUCUGGAGCCAGGUGAAGCAGCUCUAUGGUGUGGACAUGAGCUGCCUGGAGAGCUUCGCCACGCGCUGCCUUAUGGGCCACUCGGAGAUCGUGGUGCAGGGUUUGUCUGGGGAGGAUGUACUGGCCCGGCCGCAGCGCUUUGCUCAGCUGGAGCUGGCCCGCACCGGCCUGGAGCAGGAGCUGGAGGCUGGGGUGGGCGGACGCUUCCGCUUCAGUUGCUACGGCUCGGCGCCUAUGCACGGCUUUGCCAUCUGGUUCCAGGUGACCUUCCCCGGAGGGGACUCGGAGAAACCGCUGGUGCUGUCCACUUCGCCUUUUCAUCCGGUCACGCACUGGAAGCAGGCACUCCUCUACCUGAACGAACCUGUGCAAGUGGAACAAGAUACGGACAUUUCCGGAGAGAUCACGCUGCUGCCCUCCCGGGAUAACCACCGUCUCCUGCGCGUGCUGCUGCGCUACAAAGUAGGCGACCAGGAGGAGAAGACCAAAGACUUUGCCAUGGAGGACUGAUCGUUGCCUUUUCUCCCAACUACCUCCCGAAUCUGCAGGACCCGCGUGGUAGAGGCGGAGGGGGGUUCGGAGGAGAAAGGGAGAUUCCACGUGCAAGUGUUUGGCAGUAUCAGCAUGGCUUUGUGUGAUGAGCGAUGUAUGACUGGACACCAGAUGAUCCAAAGGAAGUCCAAGCCCUUUGGAGUGACAACAUUUCCAGAAGGAUGAGAAUGUGACCUGUUCCAAUAUCCAGGCACUGUUCAGUCUCUGUGUGAACUGGCACUGAUUGCCUAGGGUCAUUUGGGCCACAGGAAGAACUGUCAGCCCUAAGAAGAGAAAGAAACGGUGAAGUUCUACCUGCUUUUUUCAGACAGCUUACAUUUAUUUAGCACUGUGAAACUUUCCAAAUAUUUACAUUCACUGGACCAAUGGACAUUUUAUUGAGAAUACCAGGUAACAGUCAUUGUGAGAAGCACUUAGGAUACAAACCAAUAAAACAUAGCUUUUGCUUCCAAAUAGAUGUGUUCAUAGGAUAAACCAGAAAGAAAAAUACAUAAAUGAUAACGGGCUAAAGACUUGGGAUGGUGUAAGUGUUAGGAAAGGCAGGUCACUUUACAUAGUAGGAAAAAGACUUUGUUACUGAAGGAUGCCUAUGGUUACAUAGCUAAUUCUUGACAGUUGAACACAAGUAUUUCAGUUCCUACCCCCAAACAACCUCUUAAUUUAAGAAGGUUCCAUUGGGAUAUAAGUCAUAGGCCUCAAAGAGCCACCAUAGGAUCUCAAGGUUGACAAUUACUAAUUACUAGGGACUUGGAAACAUACCAUGUACUCGUUUCCCUAAGAGGGCUAAUCAAGUGUGGCAUUCUUUCUGAAGCCUCCAGGAGAAAAUUCUCAAUGCAGUAGCAAAGAAAAGUAGAUACAUUCUGCCAUUCUGGUUAUAGGUACUUUGUGCUUGAGAUCAGAGAGGCAUCCAAUGAGGUGUUCACUAAUUUAAUGAUUUCAUAAACCAACUAUCUAACAAGUUCUAUGAUAAAUAAGCAAAUGGUACCCUCAACUGGAAUACAAGAGGGGAAUAAAAUCACCUAGACCGGGGCGCCUGGGUGGCGCAGUCGGUUAAGCGUCCGACUUCAGCCAGGUCACGAUCUCGUGGUCCGUGAGUUCGAGCCCCACGUCGGGCUCUGGGCUGAUGGCUCAGAGCCUGGAGCCUGCUUCCGAUUCUGUGUCUCCCUCUCUCUCUGCCCCUCCCCCGUUCAUGCUCUGUCUCUCUCUGUCCCAAAAAUAAAUAAACGUUGAAAAAAAAUAAAAAAUAAAAAAAAAUCACCUAGACCAGUAAUUUGCAUACAUUAUUUAACCUGGAAGAAUUCAAUCCAGCCAAAUCUUAACCUCUGCUGAAGCAAGAAUGAGAAGCCAGCCCUUUUGUCAACUGUAACCUUAAAAUUCCUCUCAAGUGCAGAAUUCCUCUCUAUGUUACUUAUCACAGAUUAUGAGGACCUCACAGAAAGAUGUGAUGUAAAGAGGAAGAUGAUAUAAUGAGACUAUUCCUCAAAACAUUGCAUAUGCAUGUAGGAUGAGACAUUUGAAACAAAAAAUCUGGAUCUACCUAAGCACAAAAUUGUAAUAAAAACUAAGACAUGACCAGUAACAUUGGAAUUGUGCUCCUCUGGGAGCUUUGAUGAUUAAGUUCAUUAUUUAUAAUAACUUGGAAUAAAGACUGAUGAAUUUUUUAGUUGAUUGGGUAGCUUUUUAACUUUCAACAAAUACAGAAAGCUGUAAGGAAGGAAAAAAAUUCCUCCUUUGUUCAUGCUGCCCCCUGCACAAAAAGGAAGGUGGGGUGGAGGUAAAUCUUCCCCACACUUUUUUAAAGUGCUUUACCAGUGUUCUUGCAAUCAGAUGAAAGAGGUACUUGUGAAAACCUUCCCAGUCUGUAAUAUUUUGCACUAAAAAUGGCGAACUUCAGGGAAAAUUAGUUUGGGUGGACAGUUAAAACUUAUGUAACUUUGUAACCAAGAGUACUAAGAAUACCAAUAAAGAUAGCAGCAGUUAGAAAAAAAAAGAUGCUAGUCCUAAUAAUACUGCAGUAAAUAAGAUAGUGUGAUGGAAGAAAAAAAGGAAGAGUUACUGAGAAAGCAGAAUGCACAAAAAUGGAUUGAAGGUGUAAUAAACAUUUCAGGACACAGCAUGUGGCCAAACAGUGCCAAGAGGAAGAAUAUAGGGUGUGACAGGUUUUUGACUCGCAUCAACUGUGUCCUUAUACCUUAUGUCAGGUGGUUGUUGCCUGGUGAGAGGAGUCAACCGACUAACCAAUGUCCGUCCACGUUAUGUUCUGACAUUGUUCCUCUAUUUACCAAUACCAUUUGAGUUUAUUCAUUUAUAGAAACAUGCAUGACAGUAGAACAUUCUGUCCUUUGUUCUAUUUCCAGAAAUUAAACCAAUUUGAUAUUCCA